AUGGCAGCCCCCGAGAAAGGUCCCCAGAGAUGGCAAGUGCCCUCCCCGGGGAGCGGAGCCCAGCCUCCGCACCCAGAAAAAGAGUUCCCGUCGGCUUUCCCCAUGGGCCCGAGGCCAAAAGGUAAUUUCCCCAAACCCUCGUCCUCCUACCUCCUCCACCAGCUGGUGCAGCGCUACCAGGACUCCGAGGCGGACGGAGAAGAGGAGCAGGGCGAGGGCGACUGGGAGUCCGACGAGUCCUCCGAGUCCGAAAUGCCGAAUUUGGAGGAGGAAUUCGAUGGGGUCCUGAAAGAAGAGAUGGUGGCUGAGGCACUCCACAAUUUGGGGCGCUCGGGCCCUGGGACGGAGCAGGUCUACCUCGAUCUGUGUUUAUCUGAUUAUGAUCUAGUUGACAUUAGAAUUCUGGGUAGAUACGUUCACCUACAGAAGUUGGAUCUUUCAGUGAAUAAAAUUGAAGAUUUGUCUUGUGUGAGUUGCAUGCCUUAUCUUCUAGAACUUAAUGCUUCUCAAAAUAAGCUGACUACAUUCUUCAGUUUCAAGCCACCCAAAAAUCUCAAGAAGGUGGACUUUUCCUUCAACCAAAUUUCUGAGAUGUCUGACCUGUCGGCAUACCAUGCUCUCUCUAAACUCAUUUUGGACAACAACGAAAUAGAAGAAAUCACUGGGCUGGAGAGGUGCAACAAUCUGACUCACCUCAGUUUGGCCAACAACAAGAUCUCAGUAAUUAAUGGUUUAAACGCUUUGCCAAUCAAAAUACUUUGUCUGAGCAAUAACCAGAUUGAGAAGAUCACGGGGUUGGAGAACCUGAAAACCCUGCAGAACCUGAAUCUGUCUCACAAUCAGAUAAGUAGCCUCCAGGGCUUAGAGAACCACGAUCUUCUGGAAGUGAUCGACCUGGAGGAUAACAAGGUUGCUCAACUGAGUGAAAUAGAAUACAUUGCAAAUCUUCCUAUCCUUCGAAUUCUCAAUCUUCUAAGAAAUCCAAUUCAGGAAAAGACGGAAUACUGGUUGUUCAUAAUAUUUAUGCUACUGCAACUAACAGAAUUAGAUCAGAAGAAGAUUAAAGUGGAAGAGAAGGUUGCAGCUGUGAACAAAUAUGACCCUCCCCCAGAAGUGGUGGCAGCCCGAGAUCACCUGACCCACGUUGUCAACAGUAUGAUGCAGCCACAGAGGAUCUUCGACAGCACCCUGCCCAGUCUGGAUGCCCCUUACCCCAUGUUGAUACUAGCUGGACCCCAAGCCUGUGGGAAACGAGAGCUUGCCCACCGCCUCUGCCGACAGUUCAAUACUUACUUCAGAUAUGGGGCUUGUCAUACCACGCGACCUCCAUAUUUUGGAGAAGGGGAUCGGGUUGAUUAUCAUUUCAUCUCUCAAGAGGUUUUUGAUGAAAUGCUAAACAUGGGGAAAUUCAUUCUGACAUUUAAUUAUGGUAAUCAUAGUUACGGAUUAAAUAGAGACACCGUGGAAGGUAUUGCAAGAGAUGGGUUGGCAAGCUGUAUUCAUAUGGAAAUAGAAGGUGUAAGAAGUUUGAAAUAUUCUUACUUUGAGCCACGAUAUAUCUUGGUGGUGCCCAUGAACAAGGAAAAAUAUGAGGGAUACCUGCGGAGAAAAGGAUUAUUCAGUCGUGCAGAAAUUGAAUUUGCUGUCUCCAGAGUGGACCUUUAUAUUAAAAUUAAUCACAAAUUUCCAGGAUAUUUUGAUGCCGUAAUCAAUGCAGAUGAUCUGGACGCUGCCUACCAAAAGCUGAGUCAGCUCAUCAGAGGCUACCUGGGAUUGACCGAGGAACCUGCCAACAUGUUAGCACCAACUGCAGAUGUUUUGGCACCUCAUCUGCUGUUUGACGAGUCUCUUGAUAAGCCUGCUUCUCUGGAUAUGAGUGACUUCCUGGAUUCUACAAGCAGAAACUACUUUGUUAAAUUGUGGGCCAAACUUUCAACCAAAAAAACACCGGUGGAAAGAUACUCUCUGUACAAACAGCAUGAGGCAGCUCGGCAAGCCCUCAUGGGGAAGAUACCUCGUGAUCACACGCUCCUGUUUCAAAGGGGUCCAGUACCAUCACCUACAAUCAGUAAUCAACAAUAUUUUGCAAGUUUAGAGGAGCUACGAAAAAAUUUUGAAAUGUCUGAAGAAUAUUUUAAACCUCCCUUUGGAUCAUAUCCUGAUAUGAAAACCAAGGAUUCCCAUGUAUCCAUGAAAUAUUCUACAUUGCUUUACUCCUAUCCAUGGACAAGAGAAUUUUCUUUGCAGUUUCCAGAGGGAACUAUGGUUUCAUGGCCAGAAUCAGGAGGUGAUAAUAAGGCAGAUCAAGACAUAGACGCACUACGUGGAAAAUUCUCUUCAGUGGAUAAAGUGUCUGCUCAACACAGGAAACACUCAAUUUUAGUCACGAGUCGCCCAGGUUCCAACACCAAACCCACCCUCCCUUCAAUCCCAAAGGGUCGCAGAUAGACCAGCACUUGAUAUCUGACCCUGAACAUGGAAAGUGCUCUGCUAACGUCCAGCCCCUUUCUCUUCCCUGGCCAUGGCUCUCAGAGAUUCUCACUCAGCCAACUAACUUCAAAACAAUGUUUCAGCUGCUUCAAUUCUCUCAAUUAAUUUCUAGUAUGACUUUCUGUAUGCUGUCUUUAUUUUAUCUUUUUUCUUGUAUUUGUGUGUACAUUAUUCUUGAUUCUGAAG